AUGGCCGUCACCAGGUUCCGCAUCGAGUCCAAGACGGAUCAUGAACACCAUAUUGAAUGUGACGAAUACAAAAGGGUUCAUGAAGACUGGACCCGCUCAGAGGUAGUCUGCACUCUCUCCACCCUGGACGGACAGGGAGAUCCCCUUCCUACGGAGGAAAAGAGGGUUGUUUACGCCAGGGGAGAACCCCACACGAUCGCUUCCAGCAUGCAAGCGAUCUUGAGCAAUCAUCAACUCAUGUCUGGAACGGAUUGCUUCAUCUGUUCGCUGACUCAGACUCAGAGCCGCUUCACGGACAAGGCCCUCCGCUGGGACCUCCACUCCUUCCAUCAGCGAUUCCGCCGCGCUGGCGAGGUUCGCUCUUUGACGCGCUCGUGCUCAGAUCACGGUGACCACGACGAGACGCAUCAUGUCUUCUUGGAAACGGGGUCCAUUCAGAUCAAUCACCACCUCAAUCGUCCCGCUUUCCGAGUCUCCUACACCACAAUCGAAGCUGGUCAGCGCCGCAACAUCGCCACUUUGCUGCUCACAUCGGGUGAUGGACCGGAGGAAGGGGAGAAGUUGUUCGACGAUGCCUUUCCUUCGGACUUCUUAUCCACCUGUCUACUCGAGCGACUGAAGAAGAUGCCAAUCGUCUUCUAUCCUCCGCCAUCAAAACACACUACCGAUGCACAGCAGACCGUAUGGCGCGGUAUGAAUUGGAAAGCGGUCUUGGGCAGUUUCAAGCUGUUCACCGUGGGGGCGAAUGAGCGGGUCUUCGAGGAGAGCGAGAGGGGGUCUGCGACGCUGAGCUGUCUCAGCUCUGAUGCUGGUCUGCGAGCAGCUCCGGCUGACGCGGACGAUUUCGCCCAUGUCUGGAUCCCGGGAGCCGAACAGUUCAAGCUCUUCGCGCAAGAGGAUAUCAAGAACCAAGUAGACGCGAUGCUCGACGUCAAGAAAAAGCUGUCAUCCUUUAUCCCUUCAUCUGCGCGGGCGCAGCUCCAGAAUGUAUUGACGGUCGAGUGGGACACGCACAAGACUGUGCUCGUUCAGGUUCCAGGCGCGGAGCCGGAGCGGGGCCUCGAUAUGGAGAUGGGCGGGAUGUCGCGGGAUACCGCUAGGGACAAUUAUGGUCGGCUGGAUGAUGACGACGAGGAGGCCGAAGCGCUCUUCGAUCACUCCAAAUUCGACGAGUCGCACGCCCGAUGGAAAGCUAGCAAAUCCUCCUCCUCUUCCUCUUCCCGGGAGAACACACAACCCAAAUCACGCGCUCCCGCACCCCCACCGAUCGCUCCUCGUCCGUACGACUACGCCGAGAACCCCUUCGACGAGACGUCCCCCUCAUACCAGGCUUCCUUUGGCCAGGACUACCAGCAACAGCGGCAGUAUGGCCAGCCGGGACAGGAUCAAAGUGGGCAGGGAAAGUCGUGGACGACGUUUGGUGAGGGGAGGGUGGGCCAGGUCAAGCAGUCACAGGGGUACGGGCAAGGACAGGGACAGGGACAGGGAGCCAACCCGUGGGGAGCGGGAGGGCAGUGGAGUCAGGCGUCGAGCCCGACGAGCUCGAGAGGGACGAGGGAAUCGGCAAACUAUGAGGCCGCGGACCCUUUCAGGUGA